AUGACAGGAAGGCCUAUCAUCAGCAUAGAUCAAGCGCCGACUCGCAACACAGCAAGUUCACCCGUAGUCGCGGGUACCAACACCACGUACUCGGUACAGGUUAUAAACCACGACGUCCCCGCCGCGCGUGGCAUUGGUGUGCCUUCCCCACCUGCAUCAACAUCGCCACUGUUCCACGCCACCUACCCGGCCGCGACAAAAGAGCUCCAGCACGCCCCCCUCAUCGACGAAUGCAUCAAACGUCUGCAAGACGAGAAGAAGGACAGUGUGAAGCCUUCUCCGAGCUUCGACACAACAAUACUCCGGGGACUGGCUAACAACAAGAUCGGAUUUGUCUCCGCGAUGCGGCUCUCCACAGUGCAGACACUCCUCGCCCGCUACGUGUCCAUGAACGAUCUCGCAGCCCUUGCCAAUGCAUGCUCGGCAAUCGGUGGUUCACUGAACCUGGGAGAUGAGAAGAGCAGGAAGAUGUUCGAGGGUUUGGUCAAGAACGAUCGAGAGGCUCUUGAGAGCUUGCGUGGACCGCGCACCAAGCGGAAGCUCGACGGUGGUGAAGAGACUGUGUAUGCACCAUCAUGGCGCCCUCAGUCGCGAGAAUCGAAGAGGCUCAAAGCUUUCGCCUCGGUUUGCAUACAUGACUAG